AUGUCAUAACCUCCUUUCCGCACCUGUCAAAAAAGGUGCAGGUUGAGUUUUUGAGCUUUCCUGUGAAAAUAAAUUUAACUAAAAUUUCAAAAAAUAACUUAAAAUCAUGGCUUCGAGAAACCAGAGACGCCCUGUUGAAAAUGAUCAGACGAUAUCCUACGUCCAAGCAGACGGACUUGCCGUUAUGAAAAUAGUUAAGCAUUGUCAUGAAGAAUCAACUACAAACUUGGACAUUGCCCAGGGAGCUCUGCUUGGUCUAGUUGUAGAAAACCGCUUAGAAAUAACCAACUGUUUUCCAUUCCCGAAACAAAGUGAUGACACCAUGGACGAGGAGGAAUACCAGCUGGCCAUGAUGAGGAGACUCAGAAGAGUAAACGUCGAUCAUUUCCAUGUUGGAUGGUACCAGAGUGCCGACGUUGGCAACUUCUUAAGUUUGCCUUUGUUGGAAUCACAGUACCACUAUCAAACUUCAAUUGAAGAAUCUGUAGUGGUUAUUUAUGACACUCAAAAGUCUUCCAGGGGAUUCUUAACCCUUAAAGCAUACCGCCUAACACCGCAAGCAAUAGAUAUGUACAAGGAAGGAGAAUUUACUCCUGAGGCUUUGCUAAAGUUAAAAGUUGGUUUUGAGAACUUAUUCACUGAAGUACCAUUCUACAUUAAAAAUUCCCCAUUGACCAACAUCAUGAUGUCUGAAUUGGCUGAAAUGGUUCCAGAAGAAGAAGGUUCAAAAUUCUUAGAUUUGGGUACAGCCACUGUACUUGAAGGGCAACUUAGAUGUUUGAUGGAUAGAGUUGAUGAGCUCAAUCAAGAGGCCAUCAAGUUCAACAGGUAUCAACAACUUGUUAGUAGACAGCAACAAGACAAGCACAGGUAUUUGGCUAAGAGAGCACAAGAAAAUGCUGCAAGGGCUUCUAAGGAUGAACCUCCAUUACCUGAGGAGGACAUUAACAAAUUGUUCAGGCCUCAUCCAGUGCCACCAAGGUUGAACCCAAUGAUCAUUGCCGGUCAGAUCAACACAUACAGCCAAGCUAUCUCUCAGUUUUGUUCGCAAUCUUUGGCCAAGCUUUAUAUUACACAAGCACUGCAAAAUGCCAAGGAAUCUACUUCAAAUAAAUAGGUUUGUUCAACUUUUAUGUAUCAAUUUUAUUUCAUUUCUAAUAAAAUUUGAGUGGACUUAAGAAUAA